CCAUUAAAGCAAAGACGAAGAAGAAAGCACAUUGACGCAGAAAGAAAUAAGCAGUGUCGUUAUUUGUCCUCCAGUUUGUAAAUAUUAAUGUCCUAUAAAAUACAUAUUUAAUCAUUUAUUCAAUGAUAAAAUUGUGCCGGUGCGCGAGAUGCACUUUGCUGCUUCUCGUGCUCGUUUAUUGUUAGUUAGCUUAGCUCGCUAGUUAGCUUAGCUUGUUAGCUGCUAACAGAAGACACAGAAGUUAUCAACACAUCGCUAAGUAGAGAUCAAGUGUGAGAGUAACGUGUUGUGAUUGUGUGAACAUGUCUACAUUACAAAUGUUGAGAGCAUUGGUGGAUCAGCGACUAACUGCUGCCGUUGAAGAAAUAUUUGUAGUGUUAGAAAGAACGAUAGCAGAAUACGAGGCGGAACUUUCUAGAACAAAAGAGGAAAACAAUCAACUAUUGGACGCUGUUUUCAAGAAACAUCAAGUUGUGUUACACAGAACAGACCUCGAUGAAGAACAUCAUCUCCAUGAGCAGGAGGAGGAACCACAGCCCCUCCACAUUAAAGAGGAAGCUGAGCAGCCACAGCCCCUCCAUAUUAAAGACGAAGCAGCGGAACACAGCAUCAGUCAGGAGGGAGAUCAUAUUGAGGGACUGGUGGAGUUCCCAGUGAUUGGUGUCCCUGUGAAGAGUGAAGAUGAUGAGGUCAAAGGUGAAAGUGAGGAGAAGAGAGAGGCGGAGCCUCCAAGCAGCAGCUCAACACAACACAUGACAACAGAAGCUGAUGGAGACCACUGUGGAGGAUCACAAGCAGACAAGCUCUUAGCUCCACUAUCAGAUAGUGAGGACACAACGUCACACUCUCCUGACACUGAUGAUGAAGACUCUAAAGAUGAUAAGACAUAUCACACUGACAACACUCACUUCAAAUGUUCUCACUGUGACAAAACUUUUAAAAAACAUUGUCACCUGAAAAUACACAUGAGAACAUACACUGGAGAGAAACCUUUUUCUUGUUCAAUCUGUGGCUUAUCUUUUACAAGAAAGGAAAAUAUGAAAGAGCACACAAGAAGACACAAAGAGGAAAAACCUUUUUCGUGUUCUGUGUGUGAUUCAAAGUAUGCACGAAGUCAAGAUUUGAAAUUACACCUGAAAAGACACACUGGGGAAAACCUUUUUAAAUGUUCUGUGUGUAAUUCAAAUUUUGUCCGAGGUGAACAUCUAAAAACCCACAUGAGAACACAUACAGGAGAAAAACCUUUUACUUGUUCAAUCUGUGGCUUAUCUUUUACAAGAAAGGUCAGUUUGAAAGAUCACACAAGAACACACACUGGAGAAAAACCUUUUUCUUGUCCAAUUUGUGGCUUAUCUUUUACAAGGAAGGAAAAUAUGAAAGCGCACACGAGAACACACACUGGAGAAAAAACGUUUUCCUGUUCUGUGUGUGAUUCAAGUUUUGCACGAAGUCAAAAUUUGAAAAAACACUUGAGAACACACACUGGAGAGAAACCUUUUUCCUGUUCUGUGUGUGAUUCAAGUUUUGCACGAAGUCAAAAUUUGAAAAGACACAUGAGAAUACACACUGGGGAAACCGUGUUGAGUUGCAGUGUGUGUGAUGAAAGAUUCUCUCAUGAGUACCAACUUAACAAACACAAGUGUGCUGGUGAGAACAGCAGCAGUAAAAUAGAAAAGCGCUCUGCAGACCUCCACCAGGCCAAAUCUCCCAGUAGUAAAUAAACCUUUAAAAGAAGGCUGAAUCCAAAUGAUGAUCCGGAUCAACACCCAAAUCUAAUCACUUGUUCCUUAUCCCAUUUCUGACAUGUCCUGAAAGUUUCAUUAGCAUCUGGGCAAGGCAAGGCAACUUUAAUUGUAUAGCGCUUUUUAUACACAAGGCAGACUCAAAGUGCUUCACAGACAACAAAGUGAAAUGAAAGAAAAUAAAAGCAAAAUUAAAAUGCAGACAAUAAAAAUAAAAACAGUGCGGACGUUAAAAGUUAAAAGAUUUAGCUGAAAGCUAAGGUGAACAUAAAAGUUUUCAGUCUAGUUUUAAAAGAAGUCAGAGUUGGGGAAAGUCGGACAUCUUCAGGAAGUUUAUACCAGCUAUUUGUUGCAUAGUGACUGAAUGAUGCUCUCCCUUGAUUUGAGUUUACUCUGGCAACCGCUAACAGAUUGGUCUCAGAAGAUCUUAGUGAUCUAGAGGGCUUAUAUAGUGGGAGCAUAUCAGUGUUUGUUUGAACUCUAGCAGCAGCGUUCUGAACAAGCUGUAGCUGCUUGACAGUUUUUUUGGGAAGACCUGCAAGAAGACCAUUACAAUAGUCUAGCCUACUGGUAAUAAAGGCAUGUACAAGUUUUUCUUAAGUCUUGAGCUGACAUGAGCCCUCUAAGUCUUGUUACAUUUUUGAGGUGAUAGUAGGCCGAUUUUGUUACUGAUUUGAUGUGACUGUCGAAAUAUAAAUCAGAAUCUAAAAUAACCCCAAGAUUUCCAACUAUACUUUUUUUUGUUAUGAUUCCAACUAAAUGACAAUCAAACAAACCCCAAAUCACGUUUAGUUACUUUUCAAUUACUUUAAUAGCAAACGUGUAAAUAUGUUUCUUAGUUACACAUCCUGGAAAACAACAUCCACACAACAGUUUAUAUUUAUUAUUCAUUCUUACUAAUAUUUUUAGCCGUGUACUAACACAUUAAUGUGUACUUCUGCUAAUAUUUAAGAAGUGAUGAUGAUGUUAUGGUUCAGUGUGCCCCUUCACAGGCUUGUUGUCUCCAAAACAAGUCUCCACCAUGGUGGUGCCAGCAGUCCUACUACUUGUACUUGUACACUAUACAAUAUAAUUAUGCACACCUUUUUGUAAGAUAGGCAUUUUUGUUUGUACUAGCAAUUUGAAACCAGCGCUGUAUCCUUUGUAUGUGACCUUGUAUAAUAA